AAAGUAAAUUUCAAAAUGAUAAAUGAAUCCAAUCGACUAUCCCCGAAAAGAAGAAGGUUAAUCCAAGGAUCUUUUUCAAUUUGAGUGAGAUCGAAAUUUUGACGAAAUUGGAAUUAGUUUGAUCGUGGCUGGAGGAAGAGAACACAAAUGAGGAGCUAGAGGUGGAUGCGCAGUGAACUUCCCUUGGACAGUGAAUGAGAAUUUCAAUUUGCGACAACUUGAAUAAAUUGAACAUGGAUAAAAAUUCGAGUCGCAGCGACAAAUUGAAUACAUAGUCGCUUACGAAAACGAAUCUAGUUUCAUGAUUGUGUCUGCGUAAUAGAUACACAUCUUAUUUUCAUAUGGCGAUUUCUUGAGAUUGUAUUUGUAAUGCGACAUUCUUUUACUUUCACACCACAGAACCAGAAGACAAUUUGAUAUAGGGAGUUCUCGCUGCGACCUUGAUCAUGUGUUAGUAGCAUACUGACGAUCUUUUUAACAGCCUAUAAUACGUAAUCUGUCAUUACAGGAAGAAAAUUGGAAAAGAAAUAUGCCCGUGCCCAUGGAUUCGGCCACUUCCUCUCGCAGUUCGGGCAAGGCCGGGCUGGUCGACGCGAAAGACGACUUAUUCAAUCAUGUGACCAACUUUCUCGCUCACCCAAAGCAGCAAGCGCCAGGUAAAAAAAUGUCUAAGGACUUUUGAAUCUCUUUUUGAAUAAUGAUGAUGAUUGAACAAUUAUGGCUACCUGUGUAGUCAUGUCGAAUCAGUCGUGAAAUGUACAUAAACCUCUCACAAACAGCCUUCAUGCCGCGUUCCCUUUUGCCGGAGGGCGACGCCAGCCCCAGUUCUUCGAGCGACUCCAUGUCGGAUCUAGGUACAUAGCUAAUACGUGGUUGAGUUGGUGGAAAGAAACAGAAGUUAGUACACCUUUUUAUCCAUGUAGCUAGCUGCCUAGCGAUUAUUUUCAUGAAUUUUUCUACUUUAACUUUGUGAAGAAUGAUAAGAUAGAUCAUUCGGAAAGAAGACCAAGAUCAAGAAGCAAGAGGACUUUCUGCAUAUUGAUAUUGAUUUUUUAUUUGAACAUCACACAACAGACGCCGACAUGCAAGGUUCGGAAGACAGCGACUCGGGUUCCAGCGUGGACACGUCCGAUAGUGAGUACAACAGCAAGAACCUUUCCCCCGUGACGCGGAUGCGCAAAGUUCUGCAGAAGUGCAGCAGCCAUGAUGUCACAAAUACGACCUCCAACAGCCGGAAAAAGUCGGCGGCGAAAAACAAGGCGCUCGCCCUCUCGGUGAUCUCCAAGCUGCUAGCGAAGUACGCGGGUACGGCCGCGACGGAGGCACGCAGUAGUAGUGCGGAAAUCGGCGCACAAGAAGAUACGAACAUGGUCGUGGACAACGAGAAGACCGCAACAUCUUCAAGUUUCAAUAACAGCAGUGGUGCGUCGAAGCAGGAGGAAAAGAGCAUUGGCAAAGCGACUUCCUCGUCCUCCUCCGCGGCGACCACACCGUCGACGACAACAAGCCUGUCAGCGCAGCAGAGUACAACUCCGAGCAUGCAAAACGGCAAGAACGCAGCGACGUUGAAAACCACUUCUAACAGCACUUCCGCAGGAGUACAACCGCAAAAUAGCAGCAAAAACACAACUACAACCAUGACCACUAGUAUCGCCAGCUCGCUCGGAAAGGUGUGCGCAAAGUAUCCUGACGCAGUGGGGCUGUUCUUGGAGCAUCUGCUCGUCAAAAACUGCGAGGCAGUUGUUCCGGGUGCCGGCGGCUGCACUGGAACUGGUACGACGGCGUCGACGUUCUUGCACGGCACAAGGACUACGGGCACUAGUAGCGCAACAAAUACCAGCGCAGCCGCGAGCCCGCUGUCGACGGGCAGCACGUCGGGCGGGACGAGCAGCAGCAAAAUCGUGGAUGCAGCUUCCAUAUCAAACGCAAAAAUGUCUGGGUCUGGGAGAUUGCAAGACUUGUCAUGCUUGUCUGGCAUGACUCUGAACUCUGUGUUGCAUGGCCGCGAAGAGCUCCUCCUCCCUGUCAUGCAAAAACGCAGUUUCUCAUGUGGAGUACGCAACUCAGAGCCAUGGAAAAAACUUGUCAUGCUUGGCAGCGCGUUAUAGUGAGUUCACUAUUCCCUUUCUUGCAUCACAAGUUUCCAGACCCAGACAUUUUUACAUUUGAUAUUCCAUCAACGCUUUUUUUUGUGUGGACGAACUGGAGGAACGAGCGCAGCAACUCUCCUCUUCUACUAGUACUACGGGCGGGGGAAUUAGUACUAUUACGUCGGUAAGGGGUGCUGGCGGUAGUAGUUUUGCUGGUCCGUCAAGCAGUACUACCGCUGCGAGAAUCGCAAGCAGUACAACUUCUACGCAUCAGAAUUAUAAUUUUGGUACAGCAACAGCAUCGACAACCGUGUCUGUAUCCACGAAUAAGCGACAAUUUGUUCCCGAUGAAACGGGAGAGGAGGACGCUUUGAUGAGCGGCUCGACGCCUACCGGAGCGGCGGGCAGGACGACAGGAGCAGAGCAAAACACCCAGUUCCACCAAUACGCCACGAAAAAGGCGGCAGCGGGACAAAAUCAAAGUAGUCCGAGCAGGCCCACCAACGGGAAUGCUGUCGUGUCCAAUUUUCUACCCUCGUCGAGGAACAAGACUUGAAUUUGUUUUUUUUUCACGCAUGAUUUCCUUGUACGUGGUUUUUCGGAGACUUUAAGCAGCAAUUUAUACUCUGCGACGUCCUGCUCUAACAACUUGUUUUACUAGGAGUUUUUAAAAAAGCCUCGGGGUGGAAAAACACGUAAAAAAGAAUCAACCUCUACCUCCGUCGAGAGUUUCAUACUACCUAUUGUAUUUCCCCAUCGCUUGCCAUAGCCUCGGUUCUCCUCUUUGAGUCUCUCUCUUCCACAGGUGCACCUCUUUACCUCCACCUUCCCCGACGUGUAGAAAGUUUGUUUCCAGGAGGAGACACGCAUUAUUUAUUACCUACUGAAUUUUCCGUACACUAUCAUUUCAUUUUCACCCCACCAGCUGACAAACCGAAACACCAAGUCGCUUUGAUUGACCGCUGUGCCACUACUGGCUGAUUAUUCUGCAUUCUCUUUCGAGAUGGGGUUGUGACGCCAUUUAUUCUUGCCGCCUACACUAGAAGACCCUUCAUGGAUGAGUAAAUUGAUUCCGUUCAUCGCAUUUCCUUCACGAGCACAAGAAGAAGAAAACCCGACUCAGCGUACGCAUA